AUGUCAUCGUCGUUGGGGCGAGGCCCCGCGCAACCGAUGCCGUCGAUGCCGAUGCUGGUGACCGAGGACCAGCUGAUGGGCAGAAGCCCAGAGCAGCUCAUCGCGACCAUCAUCCAGAUCCAGGCCCAGCAUCAGCAAUAUGUCGCGACCAUAUCGGCGCAGUACGAGAGCAUCACCCAGCAGCUGAAUGAUCUGAGGGGCAGCCUGGCAACCCUGUACAGCGGACAGGCGUCGCAGUACCAGGCCGCUGUUUCGCAGCUCCAACUGUCGCCUCCUGGCUACCCGGACCCUAGAUCCUCGAGACCGGUAGUAACCCCGACGUCGGUGCCUCCUCAGCAAGUAUCACAGGGUCCCCCGCGACCACCCGCCUCCCACGCGACUCCGCGGCCGGCCAGGCCGCCGCCGCAUUCGCCUCUGAACAGCCAUCCAGAUCCACGUUUGCUCCCAAAACAGCACAGCCUACAGGCCCCACAAACGCCUGGCCCGCCUUCGUACGACUAUAGGACGGUCGGGACCGUCGACGAGGUCUGGAAAGAAUACAGGGAAGGCAUCGACGGCCAGCCUGCCAUCGAGGACCUGGACGCCAACUGGGGCUCGCGAUGGCGACCUGAGCCUCGCGGCCGAACUUGGUACUCGCGACGAAAGGUGAUCUGGGACAAGAUCAAGGAAUACAUGGCCGAAGGCAUGGCAGAAGACGAGGCAGUGCGGGAAGUAGAGAAGCUACGAGACGGCGGUACCAUCAACAAAUUGAUUCGCCUGUUGCAAGACGAGCGCAAGGAUAAGGGCAUUGCCGAUGACAGCACAGGCGGCGCAUAG